CUCCAUCAUCUCCACCUUCAACAUCUGAGGAAACUACUUCAACAGAACCAUCUACAACUAUAACCACAUCUGAGACCACAUCAUUCUCAACAGAAUAUGUGACAUCUUCUGGGACCUCUGAAGGAAGCACUUCCACAGGGCCAAUCACCUCUGAGAUUACUUCGACAGCUUCCACAACACCAGAAACAACAGAAUAUGUGACAUCUUCCGGGACCUCAGAAGGAAGUACUUCCACAGGGGCAACCACCUCUGAGAUUACUUCGACAUUUUCCACAACACCAGAAACAACAG